AUGCUCACGUCGGACGUGCCGUGGGCCGUGUUCCGCGGCGACCCGCGCGCCGACGACAUCCGCCAGGGCGGCGUCGGCAACUGCUGGCUCGUCUGCGCGCUCAGCGUCCUCGCCGACGUCGCGCCGUGGACGCUGCGGGACGCCGUGCUCACGAAGGACUACAACCCCGCGGGCGCGUACCAGGUCCGGCUCUGCCUCGCGGGCGCGUGGCACACCGUGCUCGUCGACGACCUCUUCCCGACGAACGCGUUGGGCUGCCUCGCCUACCUCAAGGCCGCGCGCCGCGCGCUCUGGGCGCCGCUCGUCGAGAAGGCGGCCGCGAAGCUCCACGGAAGCUACGAGGUCCUCGCGGGCGGCACGUUCGCCGAG